AUGAUAUUGUGUGGAAGAUCUGAUUCUCAUCUCGCUCAUCUCACUCAUCUAGAAGUUUAAUCUUCUAUCUGUCGUAUUGUGAUUCGAAUAUUGUUUGUGCAAGGAAGUUAAAAUGUGAUAAUAGGGUGGUAAUUAUAAAACGCAGCCAUACACUGCCACGAGCUUACCCCUGUGGUUCUGUAAUACCGUAUGCAGCUCUUUGGCUGCAUUGUUACCUUUUACGUGUCAGGCCAUAAUUCGGAUAUGUGAAGGGUAAUUUAGGACCUUGUCCACAAAGAUGCACUCCGCAAGCACAUGCAGAUGAGUUGAUUACUGACUGAUACCUAGGCACACGGAAUAGAUGAGCUGUUCACUCGAGAAAGUUUUGAAGAUUGAAAUUGUUGGGUGAUGAUUCAAUGGGACGUGAGACAAUGAUACUCCCAUCUAUCCCUUCAACAACGGUUAACUAAUUGAACGGAAUUAUUAGGUUAUUAUAUGUCUAGCAUCGGUAGUUUAUAUUCAAUGGCAUGGGAGAAAAAGGAGUCGGGAAGUGAGACUUCGGAUAUUAUAGAUAUCUAUAGCAUGAUUGGCUUAAUUUAGAUAUCUAGAAAUAUCAAGUACAAGCAAAGGAACUAUCAUCUGUGCCCCCAGAUGCCCGGGAAAUAGGGUGACUACUUUGAAAUGUAUCGUCGGAGGCUUACUUCAAGGGCAGACCAAUGGAUACAUUCUUAGAUGAGCCUGGGAUAAAUAUGUAUGUCGGUCCAAAUAUACGUACGGAGUACAUGAAUGUCAGAUUA